GAGCCCGCGUGCUGCGGGGCUGCGUGAGGCUCGCAGGAAGGGGGAGAGAGACGCUGCUAGCGGCUCGAGCCUGGGCAGUGAUGUGGGGGCCCGAGCUCUGGGGGCUCUACCUACAGAACUACCGGGCUGAGGGCAAGGGCUGUAACUCUCCGACCUUGCGGGGGCUCUAUAACCCCUCCUAUGCGCUGGGGUGCAGAUGCAUCUGUCCUGCCAUCAGUUAUUUCCCAGACACCAAUAUCAACUGAACCGGGAGAGACCAUGAAAGAGCAAACAGCAGCUGUGGUAGGAGCUCCAGUGACAGACCUGAUGAUGACCACCAAGGCUCUGAGCAUGGCGUCUGGCACCAGCCAGUGCAGUUACAGCCGCACUGUUGUGCAUGCCCCACAACCUGAAUCAGAAGUGACUGCAAUAGAAGAUGCCACUGUGGGGAGUGAACAAAUUGAGCUGCCUCCUCUGAAUGCUCAAAGUCCCACUGUGGUUCUUGAGGAAUUUAAGCAAGUUGGACUAACAAGGGAGCUUUUGUCAGCCCACACUCUGAAAGAGGAGCAGAACUACAUUGAUGGGCUCCACCAGAGGAUAUUGUCGUCUCCGUACAGGUCCUAUCUCCAGCAAGGGAGCAGAAGCAACAGUGAAUAUUCCCAUAGUCAAGGAUACUCCUGUUCAAAGCAGACCAGCCCAGUUAGCUGUAGAAGUGGCAAAUGUGGGAAACUCCGUUGCCAGAAACCACUAGAGCUCUCAUACAGGCAUUCGUCUAAUAGAAAUGAUCUUCCACACAAGAAGAGAACAGCUUCUGGGAAACAGUUCUACUCUCCCUCUAAAGCAUCACAACUGAAACCCUUCAGUGUGACCUUUCCUCAUUCCUUGGCCCUUCCCAUCCAUUCUUACCCAGUGUCUGUUUUUCCUAUCCCCAUCAUGACCCCUGUAAGAGGUGAUUGUGCCACCCACUCAGUAAGACCUGAGUCCAUACCAUCACUUCUGCCCUACAACAUGCAACCCCUUCCAGCCUUCCCUUUUCCAUACAUGGGCACAUUUAUGGCCAUAUUCUUUCACAGUUUCCCCAUGUAUACUCAGAUACCUCAGCCUUUCUCUGUUGCUCAGUAUGCUUGCUCCUUCUCUUUAAAUGCGUGCUCUACAAUGCCCCCAGACCCUCUCUUCAGCAUAUCCGCAUCAAUGGUAUCAAGCCCUGUGGCGGAACCCUCUCCAAUAUCUACACCUAUGUCUGUUGAAGAGCAGCAAGAGACCCAGAGUGACCAGCCUCUACUGUUCAGUAACUCACAGAGUAGCUCCCCGCUUUAGCUGAACCUGCUUCAAGAGGAGCUGCCAAACCUUUGGAACCUCCCAAUGGAGCUGAAGCACGUGUGGAAAUUAAAUGUUUAAGUAAUACCAGGUAUUAAAUUCAAACAAGGAGGCCUAUAGGAAACCUGACUUUUGCGAACUUUGAUCAGCAAACACGAGUACUGUUCUGUGUUCCAGCCUCACAGCAGGGUUUUUUAUCACUGUCUAUAUUUUGCAGAAUGAAAAGUACAAAUCAUAGGCACCGACUCCAUGGGUGCUCCAGGGCUGGAGCACCUACGGGGAAAAAUUUUUGGGUGCUCCCUACCCCGCCCAACUCGCCUCCGCUUUGCCUCCUCCCCUGAGCGUGCUGCGUCCCUGCUCCUCCCCCUAGCUCCCAGCACUUGCUGCCGCAAAACAGCUGUUCUGUGGUGACAAGUAGCUGGAAGGGAAG